UCGUCUUUAAGAAUAAUGUACGCUGUCUUCCUUGACCUGCUGGCUGUUAAGAAACCAAGAGGUGCUAAUCCGCGUGGUGUUUCUUCUCACCCUUUCUUUCUCCUUUAGUAUCGAGACCCCACCAGGUUGUACACGCUUCCGUUAGUUGGCCCAUUUCUCUCUAUCUCUCUUUCGAUAAGACGACUUCAUGAACCCGUAUGAAGGUGGAGUAAAGGACUUGAAGCAAUCACAGCCACAGCAUCCAUCUGCCGCGUCAUUUCAGUCUAAGCAAGAUCCGUACCAGAGCCAGAUCCAGAUCGUCAAGCAGCGUCUACAGGCUCAAUUGACCCAAUCCUCUGCCUACAUCAACAGUAACGCCAGCAGUAAUCCUGCCUAUCCACAGCAAGGCACCAACAUGCUCACUUUCAAUCAGCAGCCUCAGCAACAUCAUCUCUCCAACCAGUAUACUCAGCGUUUGCCCCCUGGCCCGGCUAUAAAGAAACCCGAGCUCCUUCUUCAGUCUUCCACACUCCUUGCCGAUAAUAACAGCAAUAGCAACAUCAGCAAUUCUCAAAUGCACGCCGGGCAACAGCAACAACAGCAGCAACAACUUCUUAUUCAGCAGCAGAUGCAACAUAAGCAACAGCAACAGCAGCAACAACAACAACAUCAGCAGCAACAACAAGCACAGCAUCAUCAUCAACAGCAUCAUCUUCACCAACAGCAUCAAUACCAGCAGCAGCAACAGCAGCAGCAACAACAACAACAGCAGCGUCAGUUCGGCAACUUUGAGACCCCAAGCCCGCCAACACCCUCACCCUCACCAGGCAACCACCCAACGGUCCUUAUACCUCACCCCAAGUUGCAUCAACUCGACAUGUCUCAAAAUUCUCCCAGCGGCGAUCCAGCCUCCUCACCCUCUUUAUCUGCAUCCUCGCCCACAAGUACGACCUCCAAGAAGCGCACACGAGCCUCUGUUGAGCAAUUGGCCAUCCUUGAGGACACUUUUUUGACGAACCAGUCGCCCAACUCCAAAGUACGCGAAAUCCUCGCCAAGAAGGUCAAGAUGUCGGAGCGUUCCAUUCAGAUCUGGUUUCAGAACAGGAGAGCAAAGGUGAAGCAGGCUCUGAAGAGGUCAGAGCUCGUUCAGCAGGAGGCCAUAAAGGCUCAGUAUCUUAGCAACUGCGCUGCUGCCGGCAUCACGCCGCAACCGCUCUAUGGCUUUGGAGCAUCAGCUGCAGCUGCAGCGGGCGCAAAGGCCUUUCCCAUGGCAGGCCAUCUCCAUCCUAAUGCACUGGCGCGUACGCCGCUCUCGCGAACAAACAGUUACGAUGCCGCUCGCUCAACAGCAGCAGCGCAGGCGCGGUUUGCUCAGACGGGUUUGGGCAUCAAUGUGCCUGGGGCAGCCCACCCAGCGCUGUGGGGUGCACAGGGACCUUAUGGAAUGCCACCUCAGGCCCACCCCGGCUUUGCGUUCCGUCCUAAUGUUCCUCAAGCCAUGGCCGCUGCCCGUGGCAUCAAGCGAUCUUUCGAUGGUGUCAAUGGUCCACUUGCUCCCGGUGCUGUUCCAAAGCCGCUUCACUUUCCCGUUGCUCUUGGUGCAGAUGGGUUGACAGAAGGCGUGGCAUCAGCAGACAUGAUGUUUGCGGCCAACAUGGUGCCAGGCGCAUCCCAGAUCCCCACGAUGCCGACCUUCAACUGUGACAACCUCGCGAUCGGAACCUGGAGGAGAAUGUCGACGUCAAACACGGAUCUAAGCUGCUUCUACUGUCCCACGACGAGGAUCAUGACCUGGCAGAUCAUUGACCAUGCGGCGCGCUUCAAGAUGACUUUCCCCCUGAGCAGUAUCUCGCGCAUUGAGCAUUACGAGGUUGACCCAAUGUACUCACAGGUUGACUUUGACCUGCUUGAAACACCCCAGUUCUUCAUGGAGACCGUCUCGGAGGACAACCAGCGAGAUUGGAAGAAGUGUAGCGACUUUACAGAGGGCAAGCAGGCAACCUUGGUGAUGAAACACACCAUCCACGGAAUUUCCUCGGCUCUGAAGAUGCAGGUCAUGAGUCUGACGAUCGCCUAUCCUCCGUUGCAGGCCAUCACCCAUUACCGCGAGACUCAGUUCCCGACGCAGUUCCACGCCUACACUGCCCCGAUUCCCCAGAUCUCUCAGUUCCUGGACCCCUCGCAGUACGACCGACGAUUUGCCAACCCUAUGACUGCCGGCGGCUAUCUCUUGCACGAUGGGCUCGACUCUGGCGAGGGAUCUGAUCUUGGAGAGGAUUUCUAUGAUGGUUCUGGAGCCUUUGGAACACAGUUCAGCUCAACAACGAGCGCACUGUUGGACAUGGGAGCUGAUGGCACUCAGCAGCCAAGGCUGAAGUCACGGCGGACGGCAAGCAUGCCCGCACCGGUGAUCAACAACUUUAUGUCCACAGGCCUGAACUCCAUCCCAUACCACGCAUCGCCCCUGGGAAUGUAUUCAACCACGGGCAAUCACCUGGAGGCGUCGACUAGCGCAGCAGGGCUCAUGGCCGGUUCAGCAGCGGCUACAUCCGCAGCGACAGCAGCAGCUGUGGCAGCAGCAGCAACCUCUGCCACCACCAAUGUCUCAGGCGAUGCACAAUCUAUGGCUUCUGCCUCUUCAGCAGCAUUGGCCCCAUCUGCCUCGACGACGCCUGCCAUCCCAGCACCGACAACAUCGGGCGCUGACCCAUCCACGAUUGGCGUCUCGACUCCAUUGGAGACACCGAUUACUAGCGCGACUAUCAUGGCGUCCUCGAUAACGACGCCGACAGCAGUUAGCGGAACCCUUGCACCCUCGAUGAUUGCAACAGCGACGACGAUGCCCAAGGUGACCAUCACGACAUUAAGUGAGUCGGCAGAAAACGGCGGCGCUAGCACAGAAUCGACUACUGUUGUCCAUGGCGAGAACGAGCAGGACAAAGGCAAGAAGGAAUCACAACAGGAGGAGCAGGAGGAGUCCAGGCAGAGCGAGAACCCCAUGGGUUUGACCUCGCAGUUCAACGAGUUCUUGGCGCAGGCUGUAGUUUCGACACCUGCACCGAUGUCGGCCUCCUUCCUUUCGCCGGGUUUCCCUCCAGGCAUGAUGUAUGCUGGCCAUGGUCACCCACAGGCAUUCCAGCUUGGAUCAUUGGACGAUGGCUCCGACAGCGGAUACGAAUUCAAUGGAUACUAUGGCAUGAUGCCCGAGCAGGCCUCGUUUGUGUCCAUGAGCGAUCUGGAAGGGAGCACCGGCCAGCAGACGGACGGUGAAGAAAGUUCAUACGGCUAUUAAGUCUCUUUUGCCAGCCUAGGUUUUGUUUUCUCCUGCUGCCUGUUGUUCAUUGUUCUUUUCUGUGUGUACCAUCAACACCGACCUGUUCUAUUAGCCAUGCCCUUGAUUUCUCUUUUUUUUUUUUGUAUGGUGCCCUUCCUCUUGUAUAGUCUCCAUCCUCCCCCCUUUCCUUCUCCAACCCUUUCCG